AUAGAAUAUUGUAAGUGGUGCUACGGACACAACAUUUACAACAAUGGAGUGGGUGAUGACGGAAUUACUACGAUACCCAGAUCAAUUGCGAAGAGCCGUCGACGAGUUGGAUGCAAUAAUUGGUGGCCCAAACAUCGUUGAAGAGUUUCGUCUUCCUCGCCUACUCUAUUUAGAAGCUGUGGUGAAAGAGACAUUACGAAUUCACCCACCUGCUCCUUUGCUAAUGCCACACAUAUCGAGUGAGACCAUCGUCGUAGCCGGUUACACUAUCCCCAAAAAUUCCAAUAUUUUCUUCAACGCGUGGGCAAUACAAAGGGACACUGAGUUCUGGGAAGACCCUCUUCAAUUCGAGCUAGAAAGGUUCUUGAAUGUCAUUGAGAAAAGGAAUUAUAAGGAAAAUAGUUUCGAUUUUUUUCCCGUUUGGAUCGGGGAGGAGGAUUUGUGUUGGGGUUUCAAUGGCAGAGAGAAUUAUGAUGUUGGUGUUGGCGACAUUGUUGCAUUGUUUCGAAUGGGAAUUGCUGAAUAGGCGAAAACCUGAUGUGAAAGAGCAACUACGAUUG